AUGUCGCAACCCGCUUCUUCCUCCACCCCAAAUGAAGAUAUGGCCGAGCAAGCCGUCUCGUCCUCUGCGUCAGAUGAAGAUAUGGGCGAGCAUUCCACUUCCCCUUCAACCUCGGAUGAAGACAUGGCCGACCUCCCAAUAUACGAACCACAAUUCCCCGACCAACCCUUCGACUUCGUCAACCUAACCCAGGCACAAUACACUCUAGCCGACGAACUCCAUCAGCUCACCCAAAUCCGAAUCGAUCACUUCCUCACCCUCUCCGGCACCCCAGGCGAUCCACCCAACUCCGAUUCAGAUUCCUCUGCCUCUAAUUCCGACCCAGACUUCGACGAUCCACCUAUCACCUCCACCGAAUCUGCGACCAUCGCCCACCUCUGCACCCUGACCUUACCCAUCGCUACACCCGCGCAAAUGCUUGAGAUCCUCGACCGCUCCAACGGUCUCCUCAAUGCUAUGUUCGGCUAUUUCCUUGCCCGGUUGUGUGGCGAGCAAACGGCGUGGGCCUUCUUUCACACGGAGCAGGACUGGCAGCAGCUUGUUUUUGAGCUGACGGAGAGGUAUGGCGUCAGGGCUUUGGGGCAUUGGCAGAGGGGCGCGGAGGCUGGGGGGUGGGAGGGGUUGGUGCGGGAGGUGAGGAGGGAGUGGGAUGGUUCUGAUGACGAUUGGGAGGAUGGAGAGGAGGAGCAGGAUGAUGAGGGGAAUGAGGAGAUGAGAGAGGAUGGUGCUGAAGAGGGAAGGGAGAUGGGGUCAGAAUGGAACGAGGGGUACUCAAUGGAUUGA